AUGCCGCAGACAUCAUAUGCAAAGAUGGAAAUGAUUGAAGAAUGUCGACAAUAUUACCAAAACGAUCCGAUUGAACUGAAAAAAAUUGAUAAAUUUGCUAAUGAGUAUUAUCAAAGCAAACUUCAUACUGCAAUAUGGUGGUAUACACAAGAUUCAUUUCUUUAUCGACGAUUAAAUGACGCUUGUAGAACACAAGAUAUUGAUUUAAUAUAUACAUUUCGUAAUUUCAUUUCUGACCUUUUACUAGAAUUACAGAAACUCCAUUCAAAAUUUUAUGAUGACAUGUUUGGUAUUCCAAUAAAAGCAUAUAGAGGACAACUGAUUUCUUCCAAUGAAUUGAAUCAACUUCGAAAAAAUAUUGGUAAAUUAUAUUCAACUAAUACUUUUCUAUCAACGACGGGAGAUGUUAAUACAGCGAACUGGUUUGCUAAUAUAUGGAAUCCACAUCCUAACUUUGAAUCUGUUGUGUUUGAAUAUAGCAUUGAUACAUCUAUCAAAACACAAAGACCUUAUGCUAGUAUUGGACACGUAAGUUCCAAACCAAGAGAACAAGAAAUACUGCUUUGCAUGGGAACCAUUUUUCAACUCGAAUCUAUAGAACAAAUAAAGGUGGACCACCAAAACAAUGAGUAUACGUACUGGUAUAUUAAAAUGAAACUUGUUGAUGAAAAUGAUGAUAUACAUUUAGCAUCAGCAAUGAAGAAAUUUGAACAAUCUCAGAAUACACCAGUCUUAAUAUUACUUGCUGAUCUAUCUAGAAAACGAUCUCCCGUUUCAAGUGACAAUUGCAAAGCCGAGCAAUACAUCAGAUUAUAUCUUGAUGAAGUAUUAAGGAUUAAUGACGAAAUGGACUAUAAAAGUCGCAGUUGGGCAUAUGCAAAUCUUGCAAGUAUCUGUAAAGCAAAAGGCGAUUAUGCUGCGAGUAUCGAAUACUCUGAAACUAUUAUUAAAAUUUGUUUGGCACUUCCUCUCUCGUUAUGGAAUAAAGAAGAAGAUGAAAUAAUGCUCACGAUCAGAUCGGCUUACGAUUCCCUACUUAGUAUUUAUCAAUAUCAAACAAUUGAUUAUGAUAGUAUUAUUAAAGCUGGCCAACAAUUUUUAGAAUUACUACCAAGACAAGGAUUUUCUUGUUUGGACUGCAUUACUGAUACAUUAAAUAUUAUUGGUGAUGCUCAUAAAAAACUUUUCCAUUGGUCAGAAGCACUUGACUGUUAUAAGAAAGCGUAUGCAUUAAAUAGAAAUAAUAGCAUAGAUGAUCAAGUUCGUCUAGAUGAUGCUGAAGAAAAAAUAUUAAAGAUUCAGAGUCGAUAUUCUGAGAUUAUGUUUCUCCUGUUCAUUUUUAUUUGGUGUUACUUCUAUUCAUUUAACAUCUUUCAUAUAGACGAGAUAAUUUUAUGGAAUCUCAUGCCAUUAUCAUUAAUUCGCUUAAUAAGUUAUUAUUCAAUGCAAUAUUCACUUAAAAAAUUAUCUGUGGUAAACACGCGUCGUCUGAGACGUUUUGAUGAUUUGAUGAAGAGAAUUCAAAAGAAAUUUGUGAAUAAUUACUUUCGAGAGCAAAAACAACGAUUUUUUUCUCCUUUACAUUCAGUUAUUCCACCAUUUAUAUCUGUUCUAACACAACAAUCGUCUUUAUUCUCCAAUAAAAACAUGUUGAACAAGCGAGCAUACUUUGUUAUAGUAGCAAUGCUAUUCUUGGCAGCUUAUUUACCAAUUAUUUUCCUAUUAAUUACUAGAAUUGCGAUGAUUCUAUUUGUAGUGACUUGGCUUUCUGAUCUCAACACUGCACACUGUUUUAUUUUAAUAACCCUUCAUUACUAUUGUUCGAGCCAAGUGUUGUUGUUCUUAUCAGCUUGUACUAUUGUAUUGGAAUCUGCGUUUGUGCUUGUCGCUAGACAAAAACGAAGAAUACCAUUGGCGAGCUUUAGUGGAUGUUUACAACACUCUCGUCGAAGAGAUUUUUGACAAUAUCAUCCUAGCAGACUUGAAUGAGAGAAACAUUAAAUUUUACACGCAUUUGUAUUUCCUCGCAUCAGUGAUUGCACCCUUCAAUAUUUCAAGCAAUUUUUUUUAUUUACUUUUUAAGCUUACUUAUUUUGAAAUGCUUUUCUUUGCGGAAGAUACGUAAUUAAUAUUUAUAUGUCUAAGAUGAAUGUAACGAAAAUGAAAAGUGGAUCAUUUCGUUAUUAUGGAAGCAUCUAUUUUAUUUCGUAUUUAAUGAAAAACUGGCGAAAUAACAUUACCGUCACUCUCGGUAUAGAUGAUGACUACAAACUAUUUCACCAUUCCAGUUCUCCUUUUCUUCUUCUUUGCAUAUUCUUAUAUAGUAGUUACUCCAGAUUAAUCCAUCAAAUAAGAAAAGAAAAGAUAUAAACAUGCUCAACACUUAGUCAGGGGGUCACACACAGAGGAGAAUAAAAGUAAAAUAACCGAUGAAGCAAACGUUUUGCAUUAGUUUUAUUUCAUUUUAUAUUUUUGCGUGUAGAUGCAUCAUAGAAAACUAAUUGGUUUUUGAAAGAUAGUCCACAAUCUCUUUUACAAACUUUGUUUGCAAAAUAUUUUAUUUUCAUAUAACAAAAUAGCCUCACACUUAAAAAAUUUCUAAGAACUGAAACAUUCGUCCGUGACUUUUUAAAAAAAACGUAUUUUAGUAUUUUCUUCUUCAACAAGCGAAACUAUCAAAUCCGAAUAUAAACGUCGAUAAUCCAUCCAAAAUGCUAUGAAUUAUACAUUCUUUAAAAUAAUUUAGCUUCACUAGCCUUAGAAUAGUCAAAUAUCUUGAGACGAUAAAAUCUGUCAAAAUCAGCCAUUGUAACUUACAGUUUUUGCCCUCUCGAACGAUUAUUGCACUUUAGCCACUGUUCAUUUAAACAAGAACAUUUUAACAUGGUUUUAUAGAGAAUGGUUAAAGCUUUGUAAUGGCCAUCCAAUAAAUAGCACUCGCAAAGAGCUUCGAAUCCACGCCAUCAGAUUUCUUGUCACAAAUUUUCAUUUCUUGUAAGAUCUGUUGGAAUUUCAUGCACCACUUCAUGCCAUAAACAUGCUUUUCAGAUAGUGCACAUAAUUGGUAUAUCAUAAAAAAUCGAUAUGCUCGACUAAAAUACUUUAUAAAAAAAAGUUUGUAAAUGAGAUCAUGAACUAUUUUUAAACAAAAACAACCAGUUCUCUACGAUGCUCCUACACACUAGGAUAUAGAAGAAAGAAGAUUUAUGCAAAUUCUUUGCCUAAUCCAUCACAUAGUCGAAGAAAUGCGGCAGGCAUUUAUUGGUACAGCGAGUAGAGAUGAACAAAACUGUUUUUCUAUUGCAAUGUGAAUUUACAACAUAUAAGGUGAAUGUGAGUGUAGGUGUAGGUGUGAGUGCAUUAUCAUUCGCACUCCACGCUUACGCCUACGUCCACACUCCACACCCACGUCCUUAAGAUCAAAAGACCAUUACUCUGUUCGUUGACACGUGUUUUGCAAAGGCUAGAAUUCUAGUUAAGUGAUUAAAUUUAGCAGAAAGGCUAAGAAUUCUUAUCCUUUUAGCUUUUUUCAAACUUCGCUGGAAUUUACUUAAUUCACAGAGCUUAAAAUGGAGGAUAAUUAAUCACACAUAGGACGAUUCGUUUGUGCAAGAAAGCGAUCUCUGCCACUCUUGCAAGAGAAAUGUCAUCUGCUAGUUUUUAAAGUCAACUCCUUUACCAUUCAAGAUGGACGCAAUAUAUACUCAAAAACUUAGCAAUCUACACUGGAGACUAUUUAGAUCGAAGGUG